AGAGCAACAGCAAAAUAAGCAGAGCAGCGACGAUCACCUAGACUAGAAGUAGAUCGAGCAGAGCAGCAACUAGUGAUCUAGCAAUGGCAGUGGCACCGGCGUCGACCAUGGAGGCCGAGCAGCCCCUCCCUGGCUUCCGGUUCCACCCCACGGAGGAGGAGCUCCUCGGCUUCUACCUCUCCCACGUCGCACUCGGCAAGAAGCUCCACUUCGACAUCAUCGGCACGCUCAACAUCUACCGCCACGACCCCUGGGACCUCCCAAGGCUGGCCAAGAUCGGGGAGAGGGAGUGGUACUUCUUCGUGCCGCGUGACCGGAAGGCUGGCAGCGGCGGCCGGCCGAACCGGACGACGCAGCGCGGGUUCUGGAAGGCGACGGGGUCCGACAGGGCCAUCCGGAGCGCCGCCGACCCCAAGCGGGUCAUCGGGCUCAAGAAGACGCUCGUCUUCUACCAGGGCCGCGCGCCAAGGGGCACCAAGACGGACUGGGUGAUGAACGAGUACCGCCUCCCCGACCACGCCGCCGGCGCCGCGCCGCCCAGGGAGGACACGGUGCUGUGCAAGAUAUACCGGAAGGCCACGCCGCUCAAGGAGCUCGAGCAGAGAGCCUCUGCGACCGCGAUGGAGGAGAUGAUGAUGCAGAGGCCCGGCUGGAACGGAGGAUACGGCGGCGAAGCCAGAGCGUGGCCGGCCCCGGUCACCAUCUCCACCGGCGACGACUAUCUGUCGUCGUCCGACGACGUCCAGGACAAUUUCCUGUUCCACUCCUCCUCCUCGUCGGCAGCGCCAUCUGGCAACAGCAAGAAUGACGACGCGCCCAGGGAAGCCAAGAAGGAAGCGGACGUCGCCGCAGUCACCGUGGCGUCGGCGUCCGCUUUGUCUCUACAGCAAUCUGCGAACGUGCCCUCCAACUUCCAGCUCCCGGCGGCCAACCCUCCAUGCAGUAUCCAGAUCCCGGCGGCGAACCCGACCUGCAGCCUCGAGCUACCGGCGGCGAACCAAGGAGUGUUCGACUGGCUGCAAGACCCGUUCCUGACGCAGCUGCGGAGCCCGUGGCAGGACCAGCAUUGCCUGUCCCCUUACGCCCAUCUUCUCUACUAUUGAGGGAAUGACUAUCAAGGGAACUACUGACGAGCUAACGAUCCAUCUUCAGAUGCAAGUUGUGCAAGCUCGGAGCAUAACAGGGUUACCUCUGAAUUCAGUUGUACAUAGGAGUACUCCUAGUACCUACCUAGAUGUCCGUCGUUUCUUUUAUGCAUUUUAGUAAAAGGUGGCGAUGACCUAAUGAUGUUUAACAUGACAAUGCAACCAAGGUCGCAAUGAAUUAAUUUUGUGUUAGGUUAUCUGGU